AUGGCGACGACCGCCGCACCGAAGCCCGCGCCUCUCCACCCGCCGCGUGGCCCUCGACCGGAAGAGCUCGCGGCUACUUCCGGUCCGCCCUCCUUCCCGCUUCCGGCGGCGGCCUCGGCGCUUCCGGCGCUCGGUAUGUCGGCGGCGGGGUUGGAGCGGCCGCAGGUGGUGGCGCACGUGCAGCAGUCGCUGAACUACACCGUGUUCGACUGCAAGUGGGUGCCGCGCAGCGCCCGCCUGCUGUGCCUCGGCAGCGCCCCGCGCGGCACCGGCGUGCUGCAGCUGUACGAGCUGCGCGGCGGGCGGCUGCUGCUGCUCAGCGAGAUCGAGAAGGCCAAGCCGAUAAAAUGUGCGACGUUCGGGGCCGCCUCCCUGCAGCAGAGGCACCUGAUCUUGCACCUUCCAGGUGGUUUUCCUUUGUUUCUAUUUGUUAUUCUGUUUCACUUUUUCUUAUACAUUGAAGCAGUCUGGAGGGAUCAGGCUGCCUUUCCCUGGGGAAACCAGAGCAGUGCAUCCAUUUGGCUGACUGCUCUGCACUCCUCCAUAGGCACUGUGAAGGUGUGGGACCCGCGGCAGAAGGAGACCCCUGUUGCUAACAUGGAACCUGCACAAGGAGAGAGCAAAAGGGACUGCUGGACCGUGGCUUUUGGCAAUGCUUACAAUCAAGAGGAACGCGUUGUUUGUGCUGGAUACGACAAUGGGGACAUUAAAUUGUUUGACUUAAAAACCAUGUCACUGCGAUGGGAGACCAACAUUAAGAAUGGGGUUUGCAGCGUGGAGUUUGACAGAAAAGAUGUGAAUAUGAACAAGCUAGUGGCCACAUCACUGGAGGGAAAAUUCCAUGUUUUCGAUAUGAGGACUCAGCAUCCGACUAAAGGUUUUGCUUCUGUUUCAGAGAAGGCACACAAAUCCACCAUAUGGCAGGUUCGGCACCUCCCACAGAACAGAGAUGUAUUUAUGACGAGUGGAGGAGCUGGGAGCCUUCAUCUCUGGAAAUAG